CCCAAAUGCGCGGUGUUUUGAAUGGCAUUUGUGUUGAACGCUGAAGUAUUUUAUGGUUCAAUAAAUCGGUAUUGUCACUGAAAAACUAGGACACUAGAAAGAAUGUAUACAUGAGUGCGUAAAGCGGUUAUUCAUCCUUGAGGUGUCGCUCGUUUCAGGUAAUAACGCAGCAAUACAACAGAAAACCUUUGAAACGAUACCGUUGUAAUUUGGAUUGUGUGUGCGUUUGUUUGUUGUUCAUAUAAAUAUUAACAUUUUCUUACACGUAAUACAAUGAUUCUAAUUAAAUACUCGGUGACCGUGAUCAGCGUGGUAUGGAUACACAUCGCGUCUUGUGUAGCGUCUGAGAGCCCCAUGCCUCAGGUUAUGUACCAGUGGAAUAUCAUCGAGUAUGAAUGGCCCAACGACACCGUGAAGCAGGCAAAGACAGCCAGCGGCGAGUACAUCCCCAACAACAGCGCCAUCAACGGAAUCAAACUUUACAAGGACAAGGUCUUCGUCACCGUCCCGCGCCUUCGUCCCGGCGUGCCGUCGACGCUCAACGUGCUCGUCAACGUGACGUCCCCGAAAAUGACGUCAUCCAACAUGACGUCAUCGAAUGUCACGUCUCCCAAUAUGACGUCAUCCAGCAUGACGCUAUCGAACGUGACAUUGCUGCGACCCUACCCCAACUGGGAGAUGCAGACGUUGUGGAAUUGCGACGCCCUUCAGCGCGUGCAAAGUAUGGAAGUGGACCCGCACGCUGGUCACAUGUGGAUUGUGGACACUGGUUAUCGUGAGAGCAUGAGUAACGUCAGCACCGUGCCCAAGGACGCGUGCCCCCCAAAGAUCAUCAUAUUCGACAUCAACAGCCACUCCAUCGCCCACAAGUACACGUUCCCAUUGGACGUCACGGGCGUCGGCAGAUUCUACUUGAAUGACAUCGUUCUAGGCUUCGAAAACGGCGCGGCACGGUACGCCUAUAUCUCGGACACGCUGGCGUACAAGCUAGUCGUGUACGACUAUAAAACGGAUCUCUCAUGGGCGUACACCCACCCAAACAUGGUGGCGGACGCUGCGUACAAGAAUCUGACGAUUGGGAAUGAAACGACGACGAUCAUCACCGGUAUCAACGGCAUCGCGCUGUCCCCCGAUUAUCAGUAUCUCUACUACAGCUCCGUUGCUGGUGUCGGCCUGCACCAGAUCAAAACGUCAGUCCUGAUAUCGGCGAGAGGCGACAACGCCAAAUUCGCAGCCGCCGUACGGACGAUAGGCACGAAGGUCUCCCCCGGCGACGGCAUGGCGUACGGAAGCAACCACAAUCUGUACUACUCGGCGCUUGGAGAGAACGGCAUAUAUAAAUGGGACGUACGUAAGGAUCUCGGAAGCGCCGCCGGAAGUUUCGAUUCAAUUGAGAUGAAGACGCACGCGGAGUUCGUUUCAGAUGCCCGGAUGCAGUGGGUGGACACGCUCGCGAUCGACGGCGCCGGUUUCCUGUGGUUCACGACAAGCCGCCUGAAUAAACUGUUUAGCGAGGGGGGCGUGCAGCACCAUGAGCCGAACUUCUACAUCUGGAAGGUUUACGUCGGUGAUACCAACUACAUGACUGUGGCGAGACCAACUCUGGGCGCCGGAAGUACUUCUUCUUCCAUUCUGAUGAUCUGUCUGAGUGUCAUUUUUGCUGCUUGCCUUUUGUAAAUAUCAUUGACCUGCGACGUUGUUACGAUUUUCAGCUCCUUAUAAAAAUGCUUUGAUUGUGACGUGUGUGUCCGUGUUUGGUGAUGCACACCCGUUUGAAACUGUGAUAUGGUUAAUCACUUUUGCGAACCCUUCACCAAGGCCUUUUUGAACUGAACUUGUUUAUUAUAACAAAAUGCCUAUUAUUUACGGAUACGCGUAAAUUGUGAGUUCACGAUUAUCCUGUGUAGUCCCUAAAUAUCGUGUAUGGAAUGCACACGCUUAUCUGGGACGACACUUUAGCCCGGCUUUCCAGACCACGACUCAUAUACAUGUAUAUAAUUUGAGUCGUGUUCUGAGAAAACUGUGCAUAAUGCAUGUGCGUUCCGCAAAGGCUAAUCUGGGACGACACUUUAGCCCGGUUUUUCAAACCAUGGCUCAUGUACAUGUAUAUAAUAAUAUAUUAUAUAUUAUAUAUAAGGAUACAUAUCGUAAUCUUUCAAUUAUAACCUUUGAUAUCACAUUCAUUAACUUCCAGUUCUGAUAUGAAAUGUUGUUCGUUUUUUUAUGUUAAGCUUUUAAUAUUCGCAUUGUCUUGUUAAUGUUACAGUAAUGUUCAAUCAUGUGUGUGACAUGUGCAGGUUUCAGAACCGAGAACCUCACUUAUCAAACCUAUUGCUUAUUUGUUCAUUUUGAACAUGUCUAUGCAUUCUUGUUUUAUACACCGUAUACUAAUAAUAUUUACAGUAUUAUCUUUGUGUUCGUGUAGAUAUUUUAUUGUUAACACUGGUAUACUAUUAAAUAAUAAUAAA